CCAAGACUCCAUCCUGCUCCGCCCUGGAUUAAAAGCCUUGGCGUCUGAAUUUUAUGACGGGGUGGCGGGAUUGUUUGCGGGGAUCGAGAUCUCCGGGGUCCGCGUGGAGGCAGGAGUUGUGGGGAGCGGAAGAAGCUCCAAGAUAAUUGGACAAGAGCUCUGAGCUGGUCACCGAUAGGCCUUGGUUCCUGGCGUCAAGCCCACAGUUGUGUGGAGUUGUUUUUCAUAGUGGCUGUUGGGUGGAUUCAAUAGCACAGGAGGGCAAGGGUGUGAAAAUAGGGGAGGCUCCCAAGAUAGCAAGACAAUAAUGGGCGGUAGGGAGUGGGGGAAGGGAUAAGCCUGGAUUUGGAAAUAUCUCCAAGAUAAAAUACCCUGAUUUGAGUGCAUAGGUGUGGCUAAGUGUGCGAGGUAGAAGUUGAGGCAACAUUUGACAAAGAGGCGUGCCUGGUACAGAAAAUGGAGAAGGUGCCAGCAAGGCCAGGACCAAUAGAGGCACCAGAACGAGCAGGAAGGGACCAUUUUGCCAUUCAGCCUAGGAUCAGAUGGGAACAACUACCCCAUGGGGCAAUGUUACAGCCAGAGGGCAUGCCUACCCAGUGGUGGGAAUACCUGAAGACUAUGCCUUCUCCGGCCACGGUAUGGGGCAGCCCAGGCCUCCAGGAACUGACUUCUUUGGAUGACUUGAUUGCUUUUGAGAGAAUGUUUGGAGUCUGUCAGUGGCCUAGACUGAAGCCGGCGUUCAGGGCAGAAGGCCAGCAAGCGUUGAGUGGCAAGAACACUAGAGGCAAAAAAGCCUGCGGGAGAGUCAAGACCAUCUUCCUGCACGAAAGCUCCCCCAGCACAGAGCUACACCGCCAGCGCUUCAGGCAAUUCUCUUACCAGGAAGCCGAGGGGCCUCGGGAGGCCUGUGGCCGCCUGCGAGAGCUCUGCCAUUGCUGGCUGGAGCCAGAGUGCCGCACCAAAGAGCAGAUUGUUGAGCAGCUGAUUUUAGAGCAGUUCUUGAUCGUCUUGCCUCAGGACAUCCAAAAUCAGGUCAGGGAACGUAGCCCAGAGACCUGUGCCCAAGCAGUGGCCCUGGCCGAAGGCUUCGUUUUGCGGCAGCAAGAAGACAAGCAGGAGGAGGAGCAGGGGACUCGACCAUCUCAAGAGGUGGCUGUGGAUUUUUCCAAAGCACGGAGUGUGUCAGUCGAUGUCAGGCAGCAGCAAUCGGGCCCCCGGAGAAGGAGGGUGGAUAUUGUUAACCUCUCAAAGGGUGUCAAUCUAGCUAGCAGAACUGAGAAGCUGGAACCGCAGCCUCUGGAGUCCAAGGAAGAGGGGAAUGUGGCAGUCCAUCCAGUCUCAGGGGGAACCCAAAGGAGAGAGAAAAGCCACGUCUGCAUCGAAUGUGGCAAAAGCUUCACGCGCCCCUCAGAUCUGGCAAAACAUCUUAACGUUCACACAGGCGAAAGACCCUACCUUUGUGUUGAGUGUGGGAAAAGCUUUAGCCAGCUUUCCCAUCUCACAAGACAUCAGAAAAUCCACUCAGGAGAGAAGCCUCACAUCUGCUCUGAGUGUGGAGAUACCUUCAGCCAACGGGCCUAUCUUGUCAGCCAUCAAAGGAGUCACUCGGGAGAGCAGCCAUACCACUGUUCUUAUUGCCAGAAGUGCUUUAGCCACCAGUCUGCUCUGAAGAUCCACGAGCGGAACCACAUGGGCCAGAAGCCCUAUGCCUGCACCGACUGCGGGAAACGGUUUGUGUCCUCCUCUUCUCUCACGACACACAGAAGGAUCCACACAGGAGAAAAACCUCACGCCUGUGGGGUGUGUGGGAAAAGGUUCAUCCAACACUCCAACCUGGUCUCUCACCAGCGGACGCACUCGGGGGAGAAGCCAUUUUCCUGUAAGGUGUGCAGCAGGAAGUUUGCCUACCCUUCGGAUCUUACCCGGCACCAAAAAAUCCAUACAGGAGAGAAACCUUACGCCUGCGAUGAGUGUGACAGAAGAUUCACCAGGCUGUCUGAUCUCAUUACACACCAACGUAUCCAUACGGGAGAAAAACCAUACCGCUGCCUUGAGUGUGGGAGAAGAUUCAGGCAGAGGGGUGUCCUGGUGAAACAUCAGAGGUGCCAUUCAAAAGAAAAUCCAAAAGGAAGUGAGGCUGUCCAGUCCAGUGAGUCUCAAGUUAAAAGUCAGUUCAAAAGUCAUGAGAUCAAACUGGAGAAAGAACUGGAAGAUCAGGAGGAGGAACCCAGUUUGAUUCUCUUUCCCAGUCCCUGAUGCUUAUCGCUGUUAUACUGCUGCUUACAGAGGGAUCAAUCAUUCCAUAGGAUAAAGAAUCAACUUUUUUCUGUUCCUCUACUACUGACUAAAAAGUGGACAUGGAGGUUGUUGAUGAUGGUAUAAUGAAGCUCAUCAUGCUCUCUAUUUGCGUUUUUAUAAGUAACACUCCAAAAAGAGAAGAGGCUUUUAUAGGUGGGUUUGUAACUUCAGGCGAGAAAAGGCAGGAAGAAUAAUCUUGCCUUUUCUUCUGUUAUAUGGCUGGUUUCCCUUUACCUGCAAACAGUAAUCUUUUGAAGCAGUUGGAAUGACUCUGCAUGCAGCAGUUGGAGUAAAUCUUUUCCAAGUAAUUGACUGUCCUUUGCUAGCCAGGUAAAAGAGAAAUAGCUCUUUUUCGGAAAGAAUAGCUUCCGAACAACUCAAAUGAGGCAGAAACUGGACAGAAACAUACCAGAACAGCUGGUACGUUCAAGGUCUAGUUAGGACAAUGAUUGCUUUUACUCUAUAUGGUGAUUUAAAUGCAGUUUUUCUCUGCCUGAAGUAUCAGACAGAGACUAGAAAAACAGACAGAUCAUCAUAAGGUCAGCAGGUCCUGGGCAAUAUACAUGCUGGGAUAAUGGUAUGAGCUGGUAAUCUUUUUAGAUUGGCAACGAUGAUAGCUCUGUCAGCUUCUACUUCUUUAUAUUAAAACCCAAGCAGCUGUCAAUCCAUCUGGGAUAUUGGAUGUCAUCCUCUCAUUUCUGCCCUGGCUCAUGUCCAGUAGAAUUUAAGGGAUAAGGAUGUGAUAAGGAUAAACUUUUAUCAGGUUGGGCCUUUGGUCCCAUCUUGCCUAAAUGGCCACAUAUCUCUAAGAGAUCAGAAAGGGCAACUUUCCAAACAAUAAAAUAUAC